UGAUCAAGUGAUCACAGAACCCAUGGGAACAUGCAUAAAAGCCAGUUCUGUGGGAGCGAGCAUCACAUCCUCAACUGAGCCGACACUUCUAUCAUCAUUCGCCAAUCCUGUAUCAUUUUAUGGCAAUCAUGAUCACACUCAAGUUCGGGACUCUUCUGUUUGCUUGUGUGCUGAUCUUUUGUCAGAUGUACAUCACUCAGGCAGCUCCAUCCAGAGGUCGUGAAGACCCCAAUGCUGAUGGAGUCACUCUAUCGAAUGAUGAUAUUCAGAAGUUACUAAGAGCCAUUAAAGAGUUCAUGCAGCUCACUUCAGAUGAGCAAGAGCGCCAAACAGCUGAUGGAAACAGCAACACGACAGCACAGAAGAGGGCUUGCAACACCGCCACCUGCGUCACCCACCGCUUGGCUGACUUUUUGAGUCGUUCCGGGGGGUUGGGCCACCGCAACUUUGUGCCCACCAGCGUGGGGGCGCAAGCUUUCGGCAAACGGAGGCGACGCAGCCCUGAGUGAGCGCACGGGUGUCAACGCGAAUUGAAGCGCUGCGUCAUCGUUCCUCCUCAUCACACAUAUGGACUGAUGUUUCCUGUUCUCAGACCAUUGCUGCUGUUCAUUAUUAGCCUUUCGUGAAACACAUAUAUAAAUUAUAUUGGCAAAUAUGUUCAGAAUGAGUAUUAAAGAUGGUGGACGGACGAUUUGUCCUGUAGCUGCCUGUAACUGCUGUCCUGACCCCGUGUAAGCGGUAUUGUGUGUCAUACUUCAAGUUUACCAUGAAACCUUUAACUGUACUGUGGCUGUCUGGUACUUUCAGAUAAUUCAAGGCCAUCAUAUUUAAUCAUAGUGCACACUGCGAAUGCUAUGGUAAAACCUGUGUUUAUGACUGCAUGUAAUAUAAUCCCUGUAACAGUUGUGAGUUGAAAGCAGUAAUAAAUUGUAUUUUAGCUACACAAGGCA